AUGAUUCGAGAACUUGACAAGCAAAUUUUGAGCCUGAAAUUCAUAGCUCCAACCAAUCACGUCGCCAGUAAAUUGAUCAAACAUCUAAUUGAAGAACUCGAUGUGAUGGGAGACGUUCUAGAAUCUCAUAUUGUUCAUUCCCUAGAAGUUCGGGAGAGAUGUACGGAAGCUCUACAGGAUGGGAUUAGGAUGAGAGAGGAGUUUGUGGAGAAAAUGCGGUGCAUUACAACCCAACUGAUGGACGCCAGACUGAUGAAUGAGGGUCAGCUAGCCGCCACUAUUCAAGUCUACAGAGAGCAUGAAGCUGAAAUUAAUCGGCUGAAAGAGGAAACUGAAAGUUUCACGAAAAAAGAGAAGGAACUUCAUUCGGAAUCAGUUCUCGGCUUCCAGACGAUGAAAGAUAGACACUAUGAGAUUGAGGAUCAGUGGAAGGCGGAGAAGAAGAAGUUGAAGAAGAGGCUGAUUGGAAUUGAUGAGUUGGAGACGGAUUCUGAAAAGGGCGAAGACGAUGAUUAUGAAGAAGAAGAUGAAGAGAAGAAGGAUGAGGAAAAAAUGAAUAAGGAUAUUCUGGAGAUGAAGGAGAAAAUUGCGAAAUAUGAGAAGGAAUGGAGAGAAUUAGAGAAAUCUGUCGAUCCCUCCGUCGGAAAACUCAACCGUCAACUGACGCAUCUCUUCGGUGAACAACAAGCCUCUUACGCUGUCCUCGUCGAAAGAUACAUCUCUGGAGAAGAUUUGGCAAAUGAAGAACGUCGGAAAGCCGCUGAAACAAUUCGUGCUCUGAAAUUGCACCUCUUGGAGGGCAAAAAAGGAAAAGAGAAGACGAAAAAAGUGCACGAGGUGGAGGCAGAGUACAAGGAGAGAAUGGAAUAUGUUCAGGAGAAAAAUUUGGAUGUGAAGAAGGUUGUCGAGGAGAUGAAGACGGAAUUGGAGAAUUUGAGUAUGGAAACGUUUGGAGAGGGACUGGAAGAGGAGACAAAACAGAAGCUGUGGGAAACUUCGAAGCUGCCGAGCUUCGUCAGUGCCACAGGCAUGUGCACUCAAAGUCUCGCGGCUCGUCUCUUCCACAAGCUCAGCUUCUCAGCUGGCGUCGUUGAAACGGCUUUCGAGAAGCUUCUGAUGCAAACUAGAAUCAAUAUUCAACACGAAUACAAGGCAAUUGAGCAGAAAACGAAAUCCGCGGAUACCUGGAACGAUCUCCAUAAGCAAAUCAUGAAAUCCAAGACGCUAGAAGAGUCUCAAUCGUUUGUCAAGGGGAUUACUGUAAUUGUGGAUGAUGAGGAUGAGCAACAGAAUAUCAAGGAUUUGAAUGCGUUUUUCACCGCCAUGCAGAAUACCAAAAGUCGAAUGAGUUAUUAUUAUAAUGAUGCGUUGAAAGAAGCUGAUGAGAUUGGAAUUGAUUUUAGUUUGGGGAAAAAGACGGGGGAAGAAGUGGAAGGCAAUGGAGAGGGCACCUCGCCGAAAACCGCGGCUGAAACCGUUCGAGACAACAAUCGUCGUACUCGCGACUCGUACAUCGGUGGAAACUUCCCAGCGACACCCGAAGAAUUCCAGCAAUGGCAACAGAAAAUGAUGUUGAUCAAUCAGAAUAUCAAGGAGAAGGAGAAGCAGUUGCUAGAAAUGAAAAGACGUUGGGAAAUUGAGGAAAAUGUUCAAAAAGCAAGAUAUCAACAAGAAGUAGAUCAAUUGUUGAAGGAGAUGGAUGAGGCAAAAGGAGACAGAGAGAAGGAAAAGGAGAUGGAGAAGAAAAUGGCGGCGUGGUUCAAGAAUAAGGAGGAAUUGAGGCGAGGGCGACAGCUGUACCUACAAAAAAACUACGAAAAAUCUCCUGUCCCCCCACCUUUAAACAAAAUCUUGAAACCCCACUUUUCAGAGAUUUCGUUUGCAUCUUGCAUGACUUGA